UGCAAGGGAAAAAAUAACAACAUAAACGUUAACUGCUGUUUUAAAUUUGUUUAUUUAAACCUCACGAUGAAUGUUGAUGAUUCAGUUGUCAAAGCCGCUGGGCUAAGGAACCGUGGAAAAUUACAAAAAGUUGUAGAGACAGGCGCUCUUGUGUUCUCUUGGAUAGUUAUGGGUAUGUAUGCUGAAGUACCUGGACCGACCCUCAUUGACUUAAAAUACAGAUUGAACACUGGGUACGAGGAGCUUGCUGCGGCACUGUCUGCAAGGGGCUUCGGUACGUUCCCUGGCUGUAUUGUUGGUGGUCUCUUGGUUGAUAAGUUUAGCGGCUGGAGCCAUUUAAUGGUUGCAUUAACCCUGGAUGUUGCAGCUGUUGCUGUAGUGUUAAUGCCAUGGGUUCCAAACGUGCAGUACAUUUGGAUGCUCUGUUUUGUCAGCGGAUUUGUCCAGGCUAUACAUAACGCAGCUGGAACCCGCAUAUCUUUAAACAUUUGGAAGGAUAAAUCCGCUUCACCAUUAAUACUGGUACACCUUGGAUAUGGACUUGGGUCUUUCCUGACCCCGCUAUACUCGGAUCCUUUUCUUGGAGAAAUGAUUCAAAAUACUCGGGAUUCGGAUAUUACUUUAAAUGAUACUAAUAAUUUUAGAACAACGUCUAUUUCCCCAGACCGUUCAGAAGAAACAUAUUAUAUUACAAAUUCAAAAAUUGAAUAUGCAUAUGCAAUUUCAGGAAUUGCAACAGCAAGCCUGUCUGUUGCGUACUUUGUAUUUCAAAUGAUCGAAAACAAAUUUAUCAAACAAGCUGACAUUAAUUCGGUACAAAAUAAAAAGGUUGAAAAUGAACUUCGCAAUGAAAUAGCAAUAAGAAAAGAGAAGGAAUUGGCAAGAGACAAAGAGUCAGAACUGAGAGUGAAAAUAAAGGAUGGAAAGUGUAAUAAAUUGAAAGCAAUGCUUCAAAUGAUAAACCCAGCAUCAUGUGCCAAAGGCAGAUUUUGGUACGGGUUUAGUAUAUUAUCCUCUAUGUUUUUCCAUUUUGGAAAUGUUGGUGGAGGACAAUAUCUUGUAUCACAGUUUGUGAGGAGUUUUUCUAUAGAUCAGCUAAAGUUCUCCUCGACAGAUGGCACGAUGAUAAACACAAGUUAUUGGAUAAGCUUUUCCUCAGGUCGCUUUCUGUUCUUCGUAUUGGCAAAAUGGGUAUCUGUUAAAGUUCUUAUUUUCGUCGAAACGUUCGGCGCUAUGUGUUGUGCGGUGGUUAUGGCUAUAUUUGCGAAUGAUAAUUCAAUUGCGCUUUGGGUUCUUAUUCAACUAGUCGCGUUCUUUUGGGGUCCAAUGUGGCCAACCGGUGUUGCAUGGACUGAUUAUCAUAUGGAAUCGACUGGUAUGGGAAUGGCAUCCCAAAUGUUCGGAGCGUCUGUUGGCAGCAUAUUUCAUAAGCGUUUAAAUGGAUACCUCUACGAUAAUAUUGGACAAGUUACAUACUUAUAUCAUGUGACUGGAAGUGCUGUGUUUGGAUUUUAGAUAUAAUUGGUGCUAGACAUGGGAAUAGGUUUGUUCAGGAUGCUAAUGAUUGUAAAGAGAAACAAAACGAUACUAAUGACGAACAGAACCCUGUGACAGAUGAGACGAUAGAUAAAACAACAGAUGGAACCACUUUGAAUGGUAACACGAUCGUUACAAGACUUUAGUGCUUUUACGCAUGAGGAAAGUUGAAAUAGUAAAGAUAUUUCCAAGAUAAAAUGAUAAACUAUAUAUAAUGUAAUGGAUGUGACGAAAACGUUAUCGGUUUGUAUAACUUCCUCAGCCAAGUAUUCUGUGCUAUAAAUUGUAAUUUCUCCACAACGAUUUAGUGAAAUGGCUUGUAUUUCUUGAUUAAAAAGAGUGUGGCAUUCAUAACUUAGACAAAAUGUUAUCAUAUCAAAUAACGUUGCAACAUAUAUCUGACCAAUAUUCUAUAAUAUUCAACAGCGGUUAUGAAAUGAGCUUCCCUUAAGACGAACAUUGGGUUUCAAAAUAUUUGAAACAGCAAAUAUAAAUAAUAAUAAAACAUUAUGAUAUAAGUUAACAAGUAAAGAAAUAAAAAGAAGUGAAGAGGAACUAUAGUCCCAGUCCUGGGGCGAUCUUUCGUAAAUAAGGCGCGUUUUUUUCAAACAAUUCAAGUAGAUACCUUUUAUAAACAUUUUUGAAGUUUCCCUAACGGUGAUCAGGCACGUUUAAGCAAAUUUCCUUUUUUCUCUCUCUUUUCUUAUAUAUUUUUGAGAGAUUUAUCUAUGACACAAAAAAGGCCAGUUACACAGAGAUAGAUCCUUAUUAGAAAUGUAUGUCUUACCGAUUUUUAUUACUUUAUUAAGUGCUAAGUGAACACAAGUAGUCGUAAAUGAUCAGAUGUUACCAACAAAUCCGUUACUUGAAUCUGAUUAACCACCUUUAACUGAGUUAUACAAUUUUAAAUGUAAACCAUAUCUCAUCAAACAUUAUUUCUCAGUUAGAUACAGUUCAGAAAAGCAAACAUCAAAUAUAUUUGAACCUAUCAUAUGUGUUUAACAUGUUCAGUCUUUCAGCCAAACCGAAUCAACCUAAAUAUUAAGAAGUAAAACUGCACCACCUAAUAAAUCUAAAGUUCGAAAGAAAGGUUUUGAUAAUUGCAGUAAAUGGAAAGAUACACUACAAUUUUGGUUCAACUGUUAAAUUAAAUCAACGGAAAAUACUGCAAAGAGAAAUUUAAAUCAAGAAUUAUAUUCGUGUCACGAAUGAGUUUUAUUUGCUUCGUAAGCUCUGCCGAUACGUCAUCCUGGUAUGUCUUUUUAAAGUGACACUUAUGCAUUAUUUAUGACUAUGUGUACUUUUAACUGUUAUCUUUUCUGAAUGCAAAAUAGGCGAGAUAUUUAUUUUAAACUUUGUAAUAUGUGCAUAUUUACAAUUUAACUAUCUCACGCUCUCAACGGAGUCAUUUAUCUGCAGUGGCCAAAUUAUUAACAAGUGCAGUGCAACCUCUGUAGAGCAACACCUUAUGGAAGGUACAAAUAUUGGCUGUUAUGUAGAGGUUGUUGUUCUGGAGAGGUCAAUUUGAUAAUAUAUUUUAGCUUAGAGAAAAUUUUAUGAUGUUGCUAUAGAGAAAUUUUUGCUUAAGAGGGGGCCGCUCUGGAAAGGUUGUACUGUAUAUUUAAAUUAUAUUGCAACAAGAUUGCCGUGUAUGCAAACGCAGUCAAGCUACAGGGCAAAGAAAUAGAAGUUCUAUAAAUAGGAGCCCUCGUAUUCGUUUGGUUGAUAAUGGUGAGUUUUAAAAUAUGCAUUUCUCCUCUUACACACCAUUUUAUUGUAAAAACUAUGUAAAUCAGAGAAAAUUGAUUUUACCCGUUUUAAAUUACCACAACCUUCUCUCUUAUGGGAAUAUCAAAAUGUAUGUAAAAAUGUUA